AUGUCAAAAGCCUCUCUUGUGCGCGUGAUGGUGACAAUCGACGAUGUGCUGAGUGGUUUGCGAAGAGGAGGCUGCGAUGGGGAGCGGCCUUCCGUGCGGUGCUUCUUCGGGCGAUCGUGGCGUCGUGGGCUUGGAGGCGUCCUCGGGCAGGAUAGCUUCCGGCACAGUGCCUGUCGCACUGUCUCCCGGGAUAGCUGGAUAGCUGGAGUCAUCGUUCUGACAAAACGCAUGAUUGUGAAGGAUCGAAGCGCAUUGUGCGGAUUGCUGGUUUGCGAUACUCGGAGAAGUGUGGACCCUACAGGGUUCCAUUCUACUAGUAUAUCUGCAGCAGGCAUCGCACUCGAGUCACAACUCGGCAAGCAGCCAGCGCUCGAAUCUAAAUCCAGAAAUUCGCGCUCAGGCUGCCUGCGCCACCGUCACGUCGGUUCUGUGGAUAAACUCGAUGAUGAUCCAUCGGAAUCGAAGGUGGACGACGACAUGCCAGAGAUGGGUUGGCCCGCUCUACGCCCCAUAUCUAUAUUUUGGAAGCUGGUAGCUACGAGUCGUAGUGGUGACGUCUUUGAUGGCUGGCUCUGGCUCCCCGGGCCGUGGCAGGACUGGCAGGACCCUGCAACGACACACGAGGCUCGCGUUCUCGCCUUUUCGGGACUCGCUCGCCCUUGCGCUCUGCGCUCUGCGCAGGCCGCCAUCCUUGGCCGUCUCAACGGGGGCCCUAUCUGCUCCGAACGGCGUGCGGCCGAAGGCGGUUCAGACUCCUCAUACUUGAUCAGAGCUUCCGAGUCUGAGCUAGCACUCCGUCUCGCGAGGCUCGUCACUCAGCCAGCAGCACAGUAA